AUGUCUACCGACUAUUUGACCCAGAAGGGCCAGGCCUUUGACAGAGCCGCCUUUGAGUCUCUGUUGCGCCGUAAGGUGUUCUUGUGGCAGAGUUUCGAGCCUUAUGGUUCGGUCAAGGGUCUUUUCGACUAUGGACCUCCUCUUGAGCAGCUCGAAUCUCAGGUCAUUCAGAUCUGGCGUGAUCACUUCAUUCGCUCCGAGAAGAUGAUGGCAUUGAAGUGCUCUAUGCUUACUCCUUAUGAAGUUCUGAAGACUUCUGGUCACGUUGACCGUUUUGCCGACUACAUGUGCAAGGACCCCAAGACCGGUGAAAUUCUCCGUUCAGACCACUUGAUCGGCGACGUGCUCGAGGCUCGUCUCAAGUCCGACAAGGAGGCUCGUGGUGAGAAGAUCGAGGAGAAGGAAGAGGACCCCAAGAAGAAGAAGAAGCAGGCAAAGGCCGCCAAGGGUGCCGUCAAGCUUGACGAUGCCGUCCGCAAGGAGUACGAGCACACUCUUGCCAUGCUCGAUGACUUCACCGGUGAGGGUAUGGGUGAGCUUAUCAAGAAGUACGACAUCCGCAACCCUACCUCCGGCAACGAGGUCGAGCCUCCUGUUUCAGUCAACCUCAUGUUCCAGACUCAGAUCGGUGCUUCUUCCAACUCUCCCGCUUUCCUCAGACCCGAGACUGCUCAGGGUCAAUUCCUCUCUUUCCAGAAGCUCUUGGAGUACAGCGAUGGUCAACUCCCCUUCGCUUCUGCUUCCAUUGGUUACUCUUUCAGAAACGAGCUGUCUCCUCGCGCUGGUCUCCUCCGUGUCAGAGAGUUUUUGAUGGCCGAAAUCGAGCACUUCGUCGACCCUGAGGGCGGCAAGGCUCACCCCAAGUUCCACACCGUUGCUGAUGUCAAGCUUCCUCUGCUCAACCGCAAGACCCAGUCUUCUGGUAGCACCAAGCCCGAGAUGGUCGCUAUUGGUGAGGCCGUCAAGACGAAGUUGGUCGACAACGAGACUCUUGGUUACUUCCUUGUUCGCAUCUACCAAUUCAUGGAGAAGAUCGGUAUCGACAUGAACAAGCUCCGCUUCCGUCAACAUAUGGAGAACGAGAUGGCUCACUACGCUUCCGACUGCUGGGACUGCGAGUUGCUUAACAGCUACGGCUGGACCGAGUGUGUUGGCUGUGCCGAUCGCUCUGCUUACGACUUGUCUGUUCAUGAGAAGGCUACAGGAACCAAUCUCCGCGCCCGUGAGCAGCUCAAGAACCCUCAGACUAUCGAGGAGUGGGUUCCCGUCAUCGACAAGAAGAAGGCUGGUCCCAAAUUCAAGAAGGAUGCCAAGGCCAUCGAAAACGCUCUCGAGGCUCUCUCGCAGGACCUGAAGGAGAAGCUCCAGAUCACUAUGGAGUCUGAGGGCAAAGCUGAGGUCCCUGUUGAGGAAAUCGCUGCCGGUAAGGUCGAGAUCGACCUUUCCAUCGUCAAGUUCGAGAAGCAAAAGAAGACCAUCACCUUCCGCGAGUUCGUGCCCAACGUCAUCGAGCCCUCAUUCGGUAUUGGCCGCAUUCUCUACUCUCUCAUGGAGCACAGCUACUGGACUCGUGAGAACGACGAGGCUCGUUCCGUCCUUUCCUUCUCGCCCGUCGUUGCCCCUAUCAAGGUUCUCGUCUGCCCUCUUCAGAAGGAUCCCAAGUUCGCACCCCUUAUUGCCAAGCUUGAGGAAGCUCUCGACAACAAGUCUAUUUCCUUCAAGAUCGACCAGACUGGUGUCAGUAUCGGCAAGCGCUACUCACGUAACGACGAACUCGGUAUUCCCUUCGGUAUUACCGUCGACUACGAAGCCCUUGACGACGGUACCCUCACUCUUAGAGAUCGCGACUCGACUAAGCAGGUGCGCGCUAGCCAGGCCGAUAUUGUUAAGGCCGUAAGCAGGAUGGUGAAGGGUAAGGAGACCUGGGCCGACGUUGUCGCCCGCCUGCCAGCCUUUGAGGGCCAGGAGAAGGAGACCGCCGAGUAA